AUUUGGGUCCGGUACUCAGCGCGUCAACGCCAAUGACUCUGCUCAGACGCCAGGCAGCACCGAGCAUUCGGCGUCUCUCUACCAUGGCCCAUCUCAAUGUCGGGGCUCCUCGCCGUGUUCAUCUACCCGUUGAUCUCAAGGUCGAGCUCACCGAGGACGAAGGCCGAUUAUGCAACCUACUGGAUGAAUGCACUCAGUACUUGAAGGCAGAAAAAGAUGUCAGCACGUCGUGCCGGAUAGCAGGUGGUUGGGUACGGGAUAAAUUGCUUGGUUCCCAGAGCAACGACAUAGAUAUCGCCCUUGUGGGCAUGAUGGGAUAUCCUUUCGCUGAGCAUCUUGCAGCGUUCGCCAAAAGUUGUGGCAUCGAAACUGGAAGUAUCAGCAAAAUUGCACAGAAUCCAGAUCAGUCCAAACAUCUCGAAACUGCGACUUUAAAAAUACUUGGCCUGGAACUCGACCUCGUCAACCUCAGGAGCGAGGAGUAUACCACCACCAGUCGGAUACCAACCGGCAUGACCUUCGGUACUCCACUUCAAGAUGCCUUGCGACGUGAUAUCACCAUAAAUGCACUGUUCUACAACGUUCACAGUCGUUCUGUCGAGGAUUUCACGGAACGGGGCCUAGACGAUAUCCGUCAAGGCACGAUUCGCACCCCGCUUCCCCCUCAGCAAACAUUUUUAGAUGAUCCCUUGCGCGCCUUGCGGUGCAUAAGAUUUGCCAGUAGAUUCGGCUUUGAAACAGUCCCAGAGGUCGGAGAAUGUCUUAAAAAGACAGAGAUACAUAAUGCUCUUGUGUCCAAAGUGUCGCGAGAACGCGUAGGAGAAGAAGUUUCGAAAAUGAUGAAAGGGCACUCUCCUCUGCACGCAAUGCAGUUGAUUAAUGAAUUUGACCUUUACGACUCUAUAUUUUCUGCGAUACCGUUAGAGAUCAAAAACACAUUUUCUCGCACUCCCGAAAAGGUUAUGCUGUCGCUGCAGUGUACAGCCGUACUGCAGGCUCUCAUAGACCACUCCAUGUCGUCUCCUCUACUUCCCUUACAUCAAGCACUACUAGCGGUAGUGAAUAACGAUGCUACGUGCAAAAGUCGAUUGUAUCUUGCUUGUGCCAUCGCCCCAUAUAUCGGUAUUACCUACGAAGAUAAGAAGAAGAAGACAUAUCCAGCCGCGUUCUCUGUCAUCCGUGAUUCGCUUAAACUAGGGACACAAAAUCAUUACUCAGAUGGUGUACCUGCACUUUUUGCUGCUUCGGAUCUGUUGAAGUCUCCCUCAUUGGAUGAUGAACGGUUCAAGACAAAGCCUGAAAGAGUGGCAAUCGGUAUGCUUUUGCGUCAGAAGUCUAUUCACAAUCCGAGCACGGGAUCACACUGGAGUAGCUCAAUAUUAUUUUCUCUUGUACGAGAACUGGGCCCCUUGUAUGAUGCCUCGUCAGAUAUGAUAAGUGAGGAAGCCGACAAAAUAAUACGUGUGUAUAACGAGUUUGCAGCCCGAAUCGAAGAGCUCGACUUGUUGGGAGUUGCGGAUGCAAGGACAAUUCUGAAUGGACGAGAUGUCGGUGAGAUCCUGGAAGCCAAACCUGGUCCUUGGAUGGGUCAAGUGCUCACACAGGUGAUGGAAUGGCAACUCGAACAUCCAGAGCGGACGAAAGAAGACUGCGCAACCUGGUUGAAGCAUGCUCAUUCGAUGGGUCUGCUUCAAACCGACUUUUCUGAAGAACCCAUUCGGAAAAAGGCGAGAACAGCAUGAAUAUUCCUCUAUGGAGCGAGUCGUAUGUGUGUUCGCUAAGCUUGGGAAGAUGGGUACGAAGCUUUUUCGCACAGCUACUCUGGCAUAGAAGAACCUUCCUGUUUUGACUGCUCUCGGAGCAUUAUUGAAGCAUUAUUCGCUGCUAGGAUAAUACUCUGAUCCUUCACUGCCAAUAUAAACAAAAGUGUGAUGGAAAAUAAUAG